AUGACGCUUCUCUGCCAGAAGAAUAGUUACCUUAGAGAUUUCAAAGAUGCAGCUGUAAAGUCAGUGCAAAGAGGAAAGAUCGCUCUCAAUGGCUCCAGCAAGUUAACUGAUGGCUACGAUGUCGUUCUAGAAGAUACCAUCUUCUUUCCUGAAGGUGGAGGACAGCCAUCAGACGUUGGCACUCUUGAUAGUCACUUUGUGAGCAGUGUCCGCCGAGACGGAGAACAGGCGGUGCUCUUCAUUGCCGAUGAGUGUGCAAAAAAGGACGACGGGGGUGACGUGCCUCCACCUUUCAAAGUGGGCGACAAACCAGUGCAGAAGAUCGACUGGACUAAACGGUUCGAUCACAUGCAGCAGCAUUCGGGUCAGCAUCUAAUAACAGCCAUCGCACUGAAGCUUUUCAACCUGGAGACCACCUCGUGGUACCUCGGUGUCGACAGUUCAUUCAUUGAGAUGGACGCCAAGGAGAUCAGCGAUGAGACGAUGGAGGUGAUUGAGGAGAAGGUCAAUGAGAAGAUUCGCGAACGAGUGGACGUUCUGGUCACCUACCGAGAGCCUGACAACCUGGGCGAUGUUCGCUUCCGCAUGGACGUGCCUGAAGCCCUGCGAGGUGGUCCAGUGAGAGUGGUGGAGAUCAGUGAUGUUGACAAGAACACCUGCUGUGGGACGCACGUCGUCAAUUUGGGUGAUCUGCAGGCCAUCAAGCUGCUGGGCACGGCAAAGGGCAAUAAGGGCAAGACGCAGCUGCACUUUGUCGCCGGUGGUCGGGUGCUAAAGUACCUUGGCCUGGCGGUGAAGCGAGAAAAGAGUCUGACUGCUCUGCUCAAGUGUACACCGGAAAACCUGGAACCGAUGGUUGAUAAGGCGCAGAAGACGGUGAAGCGACUGCAUAAGAACUGUGUCCAGUGUCUUCGUGAUCUCGGCAAGUUGGAAGCGGAACGUCUUCUUCAAACACCAGAAGAUGCUCUGCCAACGUUCAUUACACUGCACCGUAAAGAAGGCGAAUUUGACUUUAUCUCCUCUUUCAUCAGCUCAAUUGGCACUAACCUUUUGGGCGGUCGACUGUUUCUCAUUUCAAUCGCUGACGAUUCUCUGACUGCUAAAAGUCCCGGACAGAUUAUGCUGGCCGGAGAGGAGGAGUACGUGAAGAAGGCUGCCGAUAUAGCAAUCAACCAGUUUGCUGCAAAAGGCUCAGUUCAGCAGGCCAAGUUUCGCGGUCGAGUUCUUGACGUCUCUAAGCUGCCAAAGCUCGAAGAGGCAAUUCGCUCUACCUUUUUGAAAAAUGUACCAAAUUACAAGGAGUAA